AUGACUGCCCACGAGUCUUCUGCUCCAUAUGAGUUUCUUUCGAUUCUAUGUCCCAGUACUAACCAAGCCCAAUCAACAGCCACAGAACAAGAAUUGAAUGACAACGAUGUGCCAUUCAUUAACAGAGACAAAUGUGCUCAAAGAUAUAUUGACUAUUACAAGUGUUUGGAUAAGGGAACAUCCUUUUGUUCUGAAACCAAGAGUAAAUUCUACGAAUGUCAAUACAAUUUGUUAAAGGAAAGACUUGAUGCCUUCCACAAGGGAGCCUAA